AUGAGACGAAGGCAAGGAGACGAAGGCAAGGAGACGAAGGCAAGGAGACGAAGGCAAGGAGACGAAGGCAAGGAGACGAAGGCAAGGAGACGAAGGCAAGGAGACGAAGGCAAGGAGACGAAGGCAAGGAGACGAAGGCAAGGAGACGAAGGCAAGGAGACGAAGGCAAGGAGACGAAGGCAAGGAGACGAAGGCAAGGAGACGAAGGCAAGGAGACGAAGGCAAGGAGACGAAGGCAAGGAGACGAAGGCAAGGAGACGAAGGCAAGGAGACGAAGGCAAGGAGACGAAGAUUCAAAAGUCAUUUGUAGAUUUUGUAAAUGAAUUAUUUGAUGGAGAUGUUAGUGAAUUGGAUCUCUCUGAUGAUGGUGAUGAUGAUGAUGACGAUGAUGAUGAUCUCUGUACAGAUCUAGUUUACCGUGUUAGUAUGAAUAGGAAUUAG